AUGAGUGAAAAAAUUAAGGGUGUACAAGCACGUAUUUUGGAAAAAAAUCAUCUUGCUCUUUAUUCGCCAUGCAGCGCUCAUUCCCUUAAUCUCGUUGGUGUAAAUGCAGUAAAAAUUAAUUCUAGAGUGAAAACGUUUUUUGGAUGUGUACAAACUUUAUAUGUAACUUUUAGUAGCAAUCCAGCAAAAUGGAGUAUUUUAAACGAAGAGGUCAAUAUAUCACUAGAAUCUCAAUAUGAGACACGAUGGAGCUCACGUGUUUCAGCCAUACGUCCUAUUGUUCAUCAUCUUCCUGAUAAAGAAAAAAGAACUAAGAAAAGAAAAGUUUUUCAUGACGAAGUUUCUUCAGAAACGGAUAUUCAACCUAGUACAGAAAGUAUAGCACAUGAUUAUUUUAGAAGAGAUGUCAUUUUUGCUAGUAUAGAUUUUAUUAUUACUGAUUUAACGCAUCGUUUUGAAGCUCAUAAAAAAAUGUGUGAUCUAUUUUCUCCUAUUUUAUGCUACAUGAAGUUAUCUUCUACAGAACUUGAAAUAAAGUUGAAAGAAAUCAUAAAAAUAUAUUCUGAUGAUUUAUCGCCAAAUAUUUUGAAUGAAUUACUACAUUUAAGGAAAAUUCAUAAAUCUGUUUUUCUAACAGAAAUUGAAAUACCUCCAUUGAAGUUAUUAAACGAAAUAUAUACUAAAAAAUUAGAGAAAAUUUUUAUAAACACUUGUAUUGCUUUAAGAAUUUUUUGUACGCUACCAGUAACAGUCUCUGAAGCAGAGAGAGCAUUUAGUAAGUUGGGAAAUCAGCUUAAAACAUGGCAGAGAGCUUCAAUCGGUCAAGAACGUCUCAAUGCUCUUGGUAUUUUAUCUAUUGAACACAAGUUGGCAUCAAGUAUUAAUUUUGAUGACAUUAUACACAACUUUGCUCAAAAAAAAGCAAGAAAAGAAAAAUUUAGUUAG